CCCCGGCCCACAUCGGUUGAGGGCACCGAUGUGAUAUCUGGGCCGGACCAAGUCUGCCAGGCCUGGGCGAGAAAGUUCUUCGAUCCGCGCACAGGCAUCGUCGUCAUCAACAAGUCCUCGGGCCUCGUCCAGCAGGUCGGCGUCUACAAGUCCAUCCCUGCUGUGGAGGCCCUCGUGAGCGCGCAUGCCCAGGCUGGCGGCGAGAACAUCGACUGCAUGAAGCAGACGGUCUUACUGGGGCUCGUGGACGCGCAUGUGCAUCUCUUCUUGCAUCCGUAUUCGGAGGUGUCAUGGGACGACCAAGUAACGAAAUGGAGUCUCGCUGAGCGGACAAUUCGCGCGACAGUCAAUGCGCGCAAGACGCUCAUGGCGGGAUAUACAACUGUUCGUGACCUCGGCACAGAAGAUGCAGGCGACGCUGACUUCACCCUGCGCAACGCCCUCUCAGGACCCGACGCGCUUAUCCCUGGCGCACGAUACUUAUGUGCGAACAGUGCUAUCGUCCCCACCGGUGCUUAUGGGCCAAAAAUCUCGCUCUACGUGAACCAGAACGGUGUGGACGGGGUGGCAGGCGCAGAGGUUGCAGACGGGGUCGAUGAAUGCGUCAAGGCCGUCAGAUGACAUAUUGGUGCAGGUGCAGAUUGGAUCAAGAUCUAUCCAGGUGAACCAAUCUCACGACUCAUUCAUAUCGUGCAGACGAACCUUAAAUCUCAAAACCUCAACAAUAUUCCUUCCGCUCGCGUCAUGCUGCUGUUCCCUCAGCCUCUCGGAUGCCCCUCGCGACAUUCAACGACGCCAAGCUCAAAGCC